AUGCAGGCGCUCAGACAGUUCCUCCUCCUGCCUCUCGUAGCUGCUCUAGCUCUUGCUGAAGACAACUCAGUAGAAUCCAUGGCUGGUUAUUACUGUUGCUGUUCUUCAACAGGUGUACCUAGCUGUGGUGCUUCACUUCACAACCUCAACAAAGCAUUAAGGAUUUCACUACAGGCAAAUGCAGCCUGCACCUGGCAAAUUCAGAGGAACGAAAAUAAAAAUAUUAGGCUCAUUUUUUCCUAUUUUAAAUUCGCUCCUUCGUCAAGCUGUGAAACAGAAAGUAUUAAAAUAUAUGAUGGUCCCUCAACUAAUUCGUCUCUUCUUGGACAAGUAUGUAACGACACUGAUGCAGUUCCAGUACUUCAGUCAUCUUCAGACAGUUUAACUUUUCUCAUAACAACAAACUCUGUGCCUUUCACACGAAACUUCUUUGUCUUCUACUACUUCUUUUCACCAGAAACAAAAAUUGAAAAUUGCGGGGGACAAUUAACUGGCCCCAAUGGGACAUUUAUCAGCCCCAACUACCCAGCAGCUUACCCUGAAUUUACAUACUGCGUCUGGCACAUACAAACAGCAAAAAACACGAAGAUAAAGUUAGAGUUCCAGGAUUUUUUCCUGGAACUAGACCAAAACUGCCAAUUUGACUUCACAGCAGUCUAUGACAGCGUCACCACUAACACUGGCUUAAUAGGAAAAGUAUGUGGUCGUUCUCAUCCCACAUUUGAAUCUUCUUCAAAUGUUAUGACAGUUGUGUUGUCUACAGACUACGCCAACUCCUACAGGGGAUUUUCUGCUCAGUAUACCAGUGCUCCGCUGCCAGCUCCUGUGGGGCCUGACCCAUUCCUUACCUGCUCUUCAGAUAGCAUGAAAAUUGUUCUGAGCAAGUCUUAUCUGGCCUCCCUUGGUUAUAGCGAAACUCAACUACAACUGAAUGAUCCAUCCUGCAGUCCAGUUGUAACAGACGCGGUGGUCUUUUCCUUCCCAUUAGUCAGCUGUGGAACAAUUAAAAAGGAUGACGGUCAGAGCAUCACUUACACCAACAUCAUAUCUCCCUCUGCAAAUGGCAACAUUAUCACCCGUCAGAAGAGCCUACAGAUUAUUGCAAAAUGCAAAAUGGAAAAUAAUUCAACCGUAGAAGUAAUUUACAUAGCGAAAAAUGAUAUCAUCCAAAAUACAAGCGCUGUGGGAAGAUACAACGUUAGCAUGUCGUUCUAUAACUCAGAUUCGUUCUCCCAGGCUGUACUUCAGUCCCCAUAUUAUGUAGACUUGAACCAAACUCUUUUUGCUCAAGUCAGUCUUCAUUCCACCGACCCAGAUCUUCUGGUGUUUAUCGAUACCUGUGUAGCAUCUCCAGAACCUCAUUUUGGAUCACUAACAUAUGACUUAGUCAGAAGUGGCUGCAAUAAAGAUGACACUGUGGUAACCUACCCACCACUUAAACACUAUGGAAGAUUCAAAUUUAGUGCCUUCAGGUUCCUGCGGAGCUUUCCAUCAGUUUACCUCCAGUGUGAUGUUUUAAUCUGUGACAGCAACAACGCAAACUCUCGCUGUACCGAAGGCUGUAUCUCCAGACAAAAGAGAGCUGUUUCUUCAUACAUGUGGAAAACUAACACUGUAGUAGGUCCCAUCCGCCUGAAAAGAGAUCUCAGGUCUGCUGAUCACUCAGAGUCCCUCACUAAAGCAGAUGCUGAAGAAACCCCGAACCUGCAACAAUACAACUUCUACACUCUUUCAUUUAUGGUUUUGAUUUCAAAUAUUAUCAUUGUGAUAGCUGUGAUACUAAAACAUCACAUCAAACACCAAGCAGGAUACAGCUACCAAAAAAUCCAGAGUUCAUAUUAAAUACUUCAGGAUAUUUUCAAUUUGUGUCAACUUCUAUUCAGG